AUGGCCAAGUCUAAGAACGCGUCCCAGCACCACCGCAGCCAGAAGGCUCACCGUAACGGUAUCAAGAAGCCCAAGACCAACCGUUACCCUUCCCUCAACGGUGUUGACCCCAAGUUCCGCCGUAACCACCGUCACGCUCUCCACGGAACCAUGAAGGCCCUCAAGGAGCGCAAGGAGGGUAAGCGUGAGGUCGCAUAA